AAAAAAAAGAGUGAUUUAAAAUUUGAACUUGAAAUUGAUUUUUCAUUUCUGUUUUUUGUUCUUUAAUCAGUUUUGAUGAUCUGGGGUUGUCUAAUUAGCGUUAAAAAUGGAUUGUUUAUGUUGUAAAAUGAAAUGACUUUGGAGAAAAUAAUGAAUACCCAUUUCGUGUUUUCUGUUGUUUUGUUAGAAGUUUGAAUCUUUGCAUGAAAAUAUCUGUGGCUUUUGAUGAUCUAGGUUUUAUCUUAUGAUGUUGGAAAAGUUGUCUUAUUUUUGGGUUUUAUGGGGUUGUUUCUGUUGCUUGUCAACUGUUUGUGAAAGGAAUUUUUUUUGGGUGUGUUUGCCAUCAAUUUUUGUUUUGAAUUGUUUGUUUAUCGAUAGAGACAUGGUAGCUUAGCUCUCCAAUCGUCUGAAUAUUCGGUCACUUUGGUUAUUUGAUUAAAAGUUCAAGUUUUGUGUCUAUGCAAUUCCUUGACAUAGAAAAUGAUAUUAAUUUAUAGACCUUAGUCUUACAUGUGUAGUCAUUGGAUUUUUAGUUUAAUUGGGGUUCGUAGAGAUUUUUGUCAAACUUUAUGAUGUCCACAUUGCUGAUUGAUCGAGCUUAAGGUGAUGUUAACAAACAGAUGAUUUGCUCUGAAAUAGUUCAUGUAUCCUUGUAUUCCAAAUUGGUGUUUCAGAAUGUUUUACAAAUUAACUUUAUUUGCCAUUAGAGUAGGAAAACUGUCUUAGUAUGUGCACUUUCCCCACAAGACCAAUGAUCAAUUGAUACUUGGCAGCCUUGCCCAAUGCCCUUGAUUGAUUUUCGAUUUUCUUAAGAAGAUUUUAAUGCUUGUUUUGUUAUAAACUAUUUCUAUAAGUCUGUAACGGAAGCUCUUUUUUUCAAUGUUAUUAUGACUAAAACUGAUUAUUGUGAUUUGUGAGAGCCAGAUGGUUCUGCGGUAUGGAUAUGGAGCAAUUCCUUAGUGUUGACAUAGGGUAUAAACAAAUCUAGGCAGUAGGCACUUCUCUCAUUCAAGAAGCAAGAUGUGAUGGAAGACUAUCCAGAUGAAAGUCUGGUGAAUUCUCUGGAACAGUGUGGCCCAUUCAUCAAUGAGGUACAGAAUUCUGCUGAGGAAUCAUCUGUGGUUUCUAGUAUGGUAACAGGGUCUAGUAGCUCGGAUACUGAAACUGGAGGAUCAUCUGGAAACAGUAUAACAGCUAGUGAGGGAACUUUUGUGAAUGAUGGUUAUAGAAAUCUUGACAUAAGCUGUCAAGGGAAAUGCCUAUCUGACAGCAAGGAGUUAGUUGGCCUGGAUCAGGUAAGUGAUAGUCAAAGUCAUGAUGAAUCGGGUAGGAAUAGAAAUAUUACUGAAGCUAGUACUUCAUUUAAAGAACAGCAAUCAUCAGAUCCUGUAUCUAUGAAUGUUUCAACUAACAUGGAUGCUGUCAAUGGCAUUGACAAUUCAGAGAACAAGGGUUUUUCUCAGAUCUAUCCUCAUAUUAUACAUCCAAGCAGUUCAGAUCCUUCGAGGCUUGGAGAUUCACAUUCUAAUGAUGCCUCUUUUGACAACCAUAUGGGUGAAGUAACAGACAUACCUAAUUCCGAUUCUGAUUCUGUAACUCAUAGGCCUGAUGUUCGAGUAACCUUUCGCCCAACGCAAGAUGAGUCUAUCCAAGAUUCAGUAUCUUCAGAUUUAGGAUUUCUUGUGCCCAAUAGGGAACAAGACCGGACAGAUGGAAGUGUACUCCAUGUCGAUGUUGUGAGUAUCUCUUCCAGCAUUUAUUCUAGCAGCACUUCAGAUACAAGCAAUCAUGAAGCCAGAAGGAAUAGCAGAAGACUGUUUUGGGAUGCAUUUUCAAGGCGCAGUUUUAGGAGGCAUGUUGAUUCUCCGACUACUGUUUUCUCGACUGAUAAUAAUGAUGAUCUUGAAUCCCAUGACAGAUGGCUUCUUAAUUUCAGUGGUGAUUUUUUGAACGAUGGGAUAGACAAUGAUUCUAGAUACUUGGGCAGGAGAAUUCACGGAUUGAAUGAACGAAGACGACACUCAAGAUCUGAGAUAUGGGAAAGACUUCAUGGUGGCCUUGAUGAGAAUGGUCGACGAACUACCUCUUGUCCUUCUGGACUCCACCCUGACGGUACAUGCUCGUGUGAAUCAAUCUUGAUGACUGAGGAGUUGAAUGCUCAUCGAAGGAUAUCACGAAUAGUCAUGCUUGCUGAAGCUCUGUUUGAGGUUUUGGAUGAAAUUCAUCGUCAGCCUGUGUCGCUCUCUCUAUCCAUGAUGUCGCUCCCUGCCCCUGAAUCCAUCGUUGAUUCUUUCCCUCUUAAGAAUCACAAAAAAGUUGACAAAGUUGAGGGCAAUGAUGAGGAUGAACAGUGUUACAUUUGCCUGGCCGAGUACGAGGAAGGUGACAAAAUAAGAGUUCUUCCCUGCCACCAUGAAUAUCACAUGGCUUGUGUGGAUAAAUGGCUUAAAGAAAUACAUGGGGUGUGCCCACUUUGUCGAGGAGAUGUUCGUGAGGGUGCCAACGAGCCUUCAAUCCCAAAUCCGGAAAUUCCUUCUACUUGAUAGAAUAGCACAUAUAAUUGUAUAUACAAACCUUUUAUUACCUUACAUAAAUUCCAUCUCUUGUAUUAUAUCCCCUGAAGUUUGAAUUCUAUAGAUCUUACAGGUCGAGGACCUUUACUGUAAUUAAAUUAAAUUAUAAUAUUAAAUUUAUUUUAAAUUUAAUUGAUAAAUAAGUUCAAUUUA